AUGAUCUGGGCAAGAAAAGGUGGAGUUUUCAAGCGAAGGUUUCUCAUGGAUCUCCGCCUUGUCCCUAAGUUCAUUAAGAGUCUCGGUCACUCCACCCCUCGUGGUCGCCACCUACAUUAUGGCGAUCAUGAGCUUUCCUUCGAUGAAACCCCUGUUUUUCAUGUCAAGAUGCAUCGUCCUGCCUCACUGCGCUUUCACUUCCCCUGCAUUACUCCCCAAGCGGUUGACUUCAAAUAUGAGUUUGACGCCAAUGCUGAUGAUGACGACGACGAUGAUGAUGUUAGUGAAGUUUGUAGUUCUGAUGACGAGCGGAGGAGUUCGGGAUAUGACGGUGGAGAGGAACGAGAGGAUGAUGAUGAAGAAAAUGGGAUUGAUUUGAGAGCUGAGAAGUUUAUAGCUGAGUUUUAUGAACAAAUGAAAAUGCAAAGACAGAUUUCAUUUUCGCAAUAUGACAAAAAUCGACUUUGA